AUGACUGAUAUGAUGACAAAGUCGAGACUGAGAUGGUUUGGGCAUGUGGUCAGGAUGAGAGAUGAGGAGAAAGUGAGGGGGCCCGUGGCUGAAGCCUGGCAAUUCCAGGGAAGAAGAAGAAGAAUAAGAAGAAGAAGAAGAAGAAGAAGAAGAAGAGAAGAUAGGGAACUUGGCUUUUACAUUGAAAGUAUAAAGGGUAAAGGGUUUUCUCUCCAUGAGGAUAUGUCAUCAAGAAGACAAAGUCCUGAGGAGGUGAGGCAGAAGAGGAAUCGUCCUGAACUGAACAAGAUUAGAGAAACGCUUCUUCCAUCGUCUUCAUUCCAUUCAGGGGCUGCCCUAGAGCUAGAGCCCGUGCCAGGACGAGACUGGUGUGAUAUAGGAAGAAACAACUUCGUCAUUCAAUCAUUGAGCAUGGAUAUCCUUUGCCAGAUUCUGGGUCUACUUUUCCUCAUGGUACUUCAUGCAGAAUCAAUGAGCUUAGGAUGGGACGAGGAAUCUUUGACAGAAGGAGGCCAUGAUGUGGAUUGGGUGGGAUAUGGCAGUAAUUUAGGAGCUCCUUCUGUAGACCAGCCAUGGUCAGAGGACAACUGGAGGGAUACUUGGUAUAAUGACAAGGAAGCAGUUAUAUUGGAGCCUGGUGAAACUGCAACAUUCUCCUUCACCUUUGGGAACCAACAAGCAUCGAAGUACGUGGAAUACAAGAUCUCCAGUGUUAGAGCUCUUUCUUCUUAUUCAUCUCUGGUGUUCACCUGUGACAUGAAGUCUCUGUGGAAUUCGUCAGACUGCAGCAGUGGAAAAGUGACGAUAGGUUACGGACAAAAGACCUUGAGACUUUGCAAUGAAGCUCAUUCCGUGAAGGACGAACAGGCCGGAGACUUUUUGAGGAUUUUGGCUGAGAAUAUACUUCCAUCUUAUGGAAACAUCCACUGCAGAAUUUACGCUAAUUCCUGUGGCAAAACAAACACAAAAAGAAUAAUCGCAGGAACAGAAACGCUGCCUCAUGAGUAUCCCUGGCAAGUGGGACUUUUUUUCAGUAAACUGAGUCCUAACGUAUUUUGUGGAGGAUCCAUCAUUGGCCCUUAUCACAUCCUUACAGCUGCACACUGCAUCGACAUACCAAACAACAUAUACGGGUCAAGUUUUCGCCCAUUGGCGCUUGUUGGGUUGCAUGACAACAGGAAGCCAUCAGCUGCAACUAAGUACCUCAACAUUGCUAAGAUGACACUCCACCCGGCAUAUGACAGUAAGACCUAUGUAAAUGACAUUGCAAUUCUCAAAACGGAACAGCCAAUCCCUUUCGAUGUCAAGAACACUAAUUUCGCCAAUCUGCCUUCCUGA